AUGAGUGCAAUAUUUUUUCAGGCAUGGGAGUUAUGGAAAGAAGGCAGGGGGCUAGAGAUAAUGGAUCCAACACUAAAGGAUUCAUGUACUGAAGAUCAAUUGUUAAGAUGCUUCCAUGUUGGUCUGUUAUGCGUGGAAGAAAAUGCAGCUGAUCGGCCCUGCAUGUCUGACGUCGUAUCUAUGUUGACCCCUGAAACAAUUUCAUUGCCAUUACCUACAAGGCCAGCAUUCAUCGCAAUAAGAAAUGUUAUUGUGUCUGAUAUAACCGGAACUUACCAAACUGCUCAAUUAACCACUCAGCACAACAACAAUGAUAGUUUGGUGUACACUUGUAUUGUGGGUGUGCUGAGUGAUUUGACGAGUGACCUGCUCCUAGAUGUCAAGUCUUGUCUUCAUCUUAUGCGCCACUUAUAUGCAGACUUCUCACCAACCAAGUGA